CUCUAAAUUGCCCAAAUUUUUCUCUCUCUCUCUCAGACCAAACACCUAAAAUCUCUCUCUCCAUCUCCUUCGCUCUCUAUAUAUAACGUAUAUGUACGGAGCUUACAAAUAGUUUUGUUAAUUUUUUUUUUGGGGGGAGUGGAAUUGGGAGUUUCUGGUGAAGCAUUGUUGAAUUCGGUGGCGAUUGUACUGCGUCAGUGGAUGAUGAAUGCGUAGGAAUGGCGCAGUACAGGCAAUCUGGACACCAUUAUUCAAACGGCACGUCGGAUCAUGUCGCCAUUGGGAUUCGUGCUCCGCCUUCUCAGCAGCAGCAGCAGCAGCAACAGUACAAGCCGAAGCCGGUGAAGGUUCGCCGAUCGGCUCGAUCUGAUAAGAGCAGAGCUGCUGCUUUCUCGAUCGGAGCUGUCAUUGUGGUUUUGUUUGUUGUGCUUUCUGUCACUGUCUUAGCUUAUUAUUACCUCUCCGUGGAUGAUAAAGAAAUAAAUUCUCAUCAUGUGGAAGAUGAUGAGACGAAGAAUGAUCUUGAUUUUCUUACAAAUGUUACACGGACAGACAAUUUUAGAGUCCUUGGGUUUGGCGAAGGUUCAGUGGGACAUGGACGGGAUUCUAGGUAUUGGGAUAGGGAUGAUAGGAGAAGGGAUGGAGAUUAUAAUGAGGAUGAUGUGGACCAUGACAGAGGGGAAGUUAGGAAUGAAUCUGCUGAAAAGGACCAUGAUCCAAUGGAAGUGAAGGGUGGAAAGCUAAAGCCUACUCAAGAUGAUGCUUUUAAGGGUUUAAAACAAGGAGGAUUUGGGUUGUACAAUGAAGAUGGACGCAAUGAAUUAAAAAGAUAUGAAGCAGAGUAUGAGGCCUCUCUAAAGAGUAAUGGCCAAUCAAGAAAGGAAAAUGACAUUAACAGUCGGGUACUUGAUGAUGAGGAUCGUGCACAGCAGAAGGAGCUAGUUGAUACUGAUAAUGAGUAUGAUGAUAUUAUUGAUUUCCACGAUCCUCGAAUGGAGGAAUAUGGCAAUUCUGAAAAUGAAAGUGGUGACCACACUACCCUAGGAAUAUCCCAGGAGAAAGAUGUUAAAGAGUUCUCUAAUUUCCAUGAUGCUGAAACUAUGGAUCAAAGUAUUUCCAAGCACAAUUCUGAAGUCUCUGAGAAUAUGUUAGAGAAGUCUUUGAGUUCCAGAGCUUUGGAUAACGUCGACACUAAUCCUCAACAUGUUCGAUUCAGUGGCAGUCAAUCUAUAACAAAAUCAAGGUCAGAUUCAAAAAAGAAAGCAAAGCGCCGGAAAUUUUCUGGGUCUUGUGAGAUGAAGUUUCUAAAUUCUUCACAGCUUGUGGAGCCUUUUGAAAGUCGUAAAUUUUCAAGAUUUUCCUUGCAGUAUGUGGAAAUGGAGGAGAGGUCCAAUGGGGAGGAACAGUGGGAGCCCAGAUUUGCUGGUCAUCAGAGCUUGCAAGAACGAGAAGAAUCAUAUUUGGUUCAUGAUCAAAAAAUAAAUUGUGGUUUUGUUAAAGGUCCUGAAGGAUCCCCAAGUACAGGAUUCGAUUUGGCGGAAGAUGAUGCAAAUUAUAUCAGUAGAUGCCACAUUGCAGUAAUCUCUUGUAUCUUUGGAAAUUCAGAUCGCUUGAGGUCACCUGCCAGUAAAAUGGUCACUCGUUUGUCCAAGAAAAAUGUCUGUUUUGUGAUGUUUGUGGACGAAGCUACUUUGCAAACACUUACUUCAGAAGGCCAAAUGCCUGAUAGAGCAGGUUUUAUUGGUUUAUGGAAGAUUGUGGUGGUGAAGAAUCUACCAUAUACUGAUAUGCGGAGAGUGGGCAAAAUACCAAAACUGUUGCCACACCGGCUUUUCCCUUCUGCUAGGUAUUCAAUCUGGUUGGAUAGCAAAUUGCGUCUUCAACUGGAUCCUUUGCUUCUUCUGGAAUAUUUUCUGUGGCGUAAAGGUCAUGAAUAUGCCAUUUCUAAUCAUUAUGAUCGCCACUGUGUAUGGGAAGAGGUUGCACAAAACAAGAGAUUAAACAAGUAUAAUCAUACUGUUAUAGAUCAGCAAUUUGCUUUCUACCAGGCUGAUGGACUGAAAAGAUUCAAUGCCUCUGAUCCAAACAAGCUUCUGCCCAGCAAUGUACCUGAAGGAUCUUUAAUUGUAAGAGCUCACACUCCCAUGUCAAACCUGUUCUCGUGUCUUUGGUUCAAUGAAGUUGAUCGCUUUACUCCCCGUGAUCAACUGAGUUUUGCAUAUACAUACCAGAAAUUGAGAAGGAUGAAUCCUGGCAAACCAUUUUAUCUAAACAUGUUCAAGGAUUGUGAGAGAAGAGCCAUAGCAAAGUUGUUUCGUCACAGAUCAGCUGAGAAGCGAAAUAUUCUUCAUCAACAUGAACAAGCAACGGAAUAAAAUGCACGAGACAUUCAUGUUUCUUGAAGCCUGUUUCUGUACAUUAUUCUUUGCCAUACAAAGAUUUAGUGCCUGAUGAAGGUAUCCUCUACUCUAAUUGCCCCAGAAUGUUACAGAAAUGCUAGUUGCUAACGAUGUUCAAAUCUUGCAAUUCAAAUGUGAAAGAACACGUAUUGAUGCAAGGAUCUAGUUAUCUGCUGGGGCGGGGUAAUGUUUGCUGCAAUUCUUUGACUUUAAUCGAAUACAUCACCUCUGUGGAAAAGUAACUAGUGAUAUACUCAAAGCUUCUUCAUUGUACCUCGUUCCGUUCCCUAUUCUUUGUUUCAUUUUGAGCCCAGCCAUGAAUUCAAUGCCUUUUGUACCAUUACUUCCACUAGAAGGACAAAUAUUAUGUGCCUCCCACUCUUCUUUUUGGAUUCUAUUAAUUUUUCCUUAUGGGUUGGAUAUCCAAAUUGGUCGCUUUGUAACAAAUUUUGCUAUAUAAAACACACAUGAUAUUAUUCUUAGAAAAUUUGAAUCUUACCAUCUUCUCAAUU